AUAUGAUAAUUGCCAAAUUUUUCUUCUCUUGAUCUUGUUAUCUUUCCACCCCUAAAAAAGGCACUACUAAUUCACAUCAAAGCUUUGAUUCAUUCUUAUGACCAAGUAUAACAAACUUUUCCCUUAAAACUCUAUGCCUUUGGUCCAGUCAACAGAGAAAAAAAAGGGGGCAAUUUUUACUGUUCCAUAGAAACACGUGUACAACCUUCACUGAUUAUGUAUAUAUACACAUGUACUUGCAUAUAUCUAACAAAACAGUCUUGCUACACUAAAAAUGGUAAAAAUGGAGGAUCAGCUGCAAUCUCACUCUUCAUUGCCCCUUCUUUCAAAACCAGAUCGCAUGGAAACUUUUCUGAAGCAUAUCACAAGGAAUCCUAAUCUAUCAAGAUGGCGCUAUAUAUUCUCGUUUGGCAGAAAAAACAACGAAUGUGUACCAUUGAAGGCAACCGUCAUGGAGGCCAACAAGAAAACUUAUUUGCUAGAUCGGAUAGAGUCACUUGAAGAUCGUCUCAUUCAGCUUUCGUUAGAGAUUGAAACUCGUAGAACUUCAGCCACAACAUCAACGCUUUCUGGGCCACAAGAACUACCGGUUUCUUCAUACCCUGUUUUCAACAAUCCUAAGCCCAAAUGCAAGCGCGCAUCUUCUUCAGAUAUCCUUCCCAUCAGUACUGGUUGUGAAUUGCAGAAUGGGAGUGAAAUAGUGGAACAAAAGCAGCAGAAGCAAAAAAGGAAGAAUCGAAACAAUAACGGGGACAAUAAUCAUCAUGAAAAGGCAUUCGAGAAUGGGAAGAAGAAAGCUAACAGUUGGCCACAUCUCAAGCUAUUAGGUUGUUAGUUAGUGCCGCCCGAAUCUGUUUUUUUGCUUGUUUCAUUUUGCAUCUUAAACCUUUUGUGUUUAUUUUGUAUGAAAAACUCUCAAAAAUAAUGAAAACAAACAAAUAUGGAUCGCCUUGUUCCUA